AUGAUCUUGCAGGGCAACUUUAUGAGAUGUGACCCCUUUUUACAUUCUGUGUGUCUCUCUCUCUGUCUCACAGAGGAGGGCGAAUACUUCCUGAAGGUGCUGAUUCCCAGCUAUGCAGCCGGCUCUAUAAUUGGCAAGGGCGGCCAGACCAUUGUACAACUGCAGAAAGAGACGGGUGCAACCAUUAAGCUGUCGAAAUCCAAAGAUUUCUACCCAGGAACAACAGAGCGCGUCUGCCUGAUACAGGGAACCGUUGAAGCCCUCAAUGGUGUCCACAACUUCAUCGCAGAGAAAGUCCGAGAGAUGCCCCAGAGUGCUCAGAAGCCAGAACCUGUCAGCAUACUGCAGCCACAGACCACGGUUAACCCUGACCGUAUCAAGCAGGCCAAACUGAUUGUGCCCAACAGCACCGCUGGUCUGAUUAUUGGCAAGGGAGGAGCCACAGUGAAAGCAGUGAUGGAGCAGUCAGGUGCUUGGGUGCAGCUCUCCCAGAAACCGGAGGGCAUCAACCUGCAGGAGCGAGUGGUAACAAUCAGUGGCGAGCCCGAGCAGAACCGUAAGGCAGUGGAAAUCAUAGUUCAAAAAAUCCAGGAGGACCCUCAGAGCAGCAGCUGCCUCAACAUCAGUUAUUCCAACGUCUCCGGCCCAGUUGCUAACUCCAACCCCACCGGAUCCCCCUACGCCAACACGGCCGAGGUGCUGCCUAACGCGGCUGCGGCGGCUGCCACUGCCUCCAGCCUUCUGGGCCAGGCGGGCUUGACAGGAAUGGGUGCCUUCCCUGCUGCCAUGUCUAGCUUCUCUGGCAACGACCUCCUGGCCAUCACGUCAGCCCUCAACACGCUGGCCAGCUAUGGCUACAAUACCAACACCUUGGGCUUGGGCCUUAACCCCGCAGCAGCCUCUGGUGUCCUUGCCGCAGUAGCGGCGAGUGCCAACCCGGCGGCCGCUGCUGCGGCUAACCUCUUAGCCUCCUAUGCUAGCGACGCCUCCAGCAGUGCUGGCCACCCGGCGACGGGGCUUGGCGGUUUCUCCCUCGGUUCUCUCGCAGCUGCUACAGGUGCUUCCAAUGGUUACCUAAACGCUUCAUCUCCACUGAUGGCCUCCUCCCUAUUAGCAACAGAGAAGCUCGCUGACGGAGCCAAGGACGUGGUUGAAAUUGCCGUACCCGAGAAUCUGGUUGGUGCAAUUUUGGGAAAAGGAGGAAAAACGCUGGUGGAGUAUCAGGAGCUAACAGGAGCCCGCAUCCAGAUCUCCAAAAAGGGGGAGUUCAUUCCUGGUACUCGGAACCGUAAAGUCACCAUAACAGGGUCGCCAGCAGCUACACAAGCAGCGCAGUAUCUGAUCAGCCAGCGGAUCACCUAUGAGCAGGGCGUGCGUGCUACCAACCCGCAAAAAGUGGGUUAAGAGGAAAAGAGAGAAAGAAAGGAAGGAAAGGAAAAGAUGAGGACAGAGCUAGAGGGGAAUUCUAAGAGGGUCACAAUGAGGAAGAAAGAGAAACGUCCAAAUAUUUGUUUAAUAUUUCCGAAUCAAAUGAGAGGAUCAAACAGGAGGAGGAGAGGGGGGAGACACCGAAGACAAGUGUGUGUGUGAUUUUUUUUUUUUUUUAAUAUGUUUUAGGACUGAUGUGGUCUCUGAUGUUUUUUAAAAGUUUGUGUCGAGUCCUUUCUGAUGAUGGUGAUCAGAGUAAGCUGAACUGGUCCACUGCCAAGCUGCAGAUUCAAGGGUGAGGCGUAUGGUUUCACCUUCCUCUAAAACCUCAUUGCUGAUUUACUUUCCUUUGAGUUAUUAUUGUUUUUUUAAAAAAAUCUUGUUUCAAUGGUUUUGAUGUCAGUUGCAGACCUCAGCUCCCGGUGAGUUGAAUGUGUCCAGUGAAGUUAGAGCCAACUAAUGGGGCUGUUUCACAAAUUUUUCUCUUUGUAUACAUUGCAGAAAGCACUGUUUAUGGGCGGAGCCAUUUAACAACAAGCACCUGAGGCCACCUCAGUUUACGGGAAGCAAAUAAUUUACUUAACACCAACGUUGGCGUUGGUUGAAACCUUAUAUUGGAAUUGAAAUUUCAAACAAUUUUUUUUUUUUACUCCAUUAUUUAUGAAUAUGAUCGGAUUCAAUUUAAAAAUAUAUAUAUUUAAACCUGUGAAUGCAGGUUGAUCUGAAUGUAACAAAAAAAAAAUAUUUGCCUAUUGAUAUUUUUUAUUUACCAGGGAUCAAAUGUUUUGCAGUGAAAGAAAUGUACAAGUCAAGCCCCGGUCUGAACUUCACAGGUGCAGUCUGCGAAUAUAGUUCAGGGGCUCAAUAAUCCACGUGAGAGGAUAGAGGAGACACACAGGAAUGUAUCAAUAUAUUGAACACGAAAACACAUAGCGAACACUCCCAUAAAUGCACAAACAUUGAAAUACAGUCGAUCCAGUCAUGGCAACAAACACCCCGAAGUAGGUUCUUGUUUAACCCUUUAUUGGUGCUACCGGAUUAGCGAUAUUACAGUACGUUCCCCAUUAUGACCCGCUCCCGCUUGGCUGAUUUUUUUCGCCCAGCCGCGAGUAGCCCAGAAGAUGCGAGCCACGCCGUAACACGAUGAGAAGCCUUGACGUCAGUUUUGCGAUCCAGUGUUAAGGUCUCAGGCCUAUCCCGUGUACUCUUCUCGAAAUUGGCUGCGGCCAAAAUAUAGCCGACGGCGGUUUGCCUUAUUGUCAUAUGCGCAUCUCUCAAGAAUGAACGGAAAUAUCCGACUCGCGCUCAAGUUGGAAUGUCCCCUGUUCAGUGCGAAGGGAACAAAAAGCACUACCAAACAGCAUUUUGAUCAGAAUGCUGUCCCGAUCGUUUAUCUGUGAACAAACAAAACGAUUGCCUUUACGACAAGGGUACCAAAUAUUCUUCAGAGGCAUCCUCGAAUGAAAGGAAAAUAGAGCGACACUUGAAAAGAAGGCUCGGUCACAGUUUUCCGUGUGAGCCAUCCUUCUCAAUUUGCAUCCAAACGAUUCUUUCAGUUCAUCCGGGCCGCCUUUUAUCGUUCCCAAAAUGCCUGACUCGCCACUAACUUUUGGGCGGGUAUGUAAUGAAACGUAAAUAUUUUGGGAUCGCUGUCUUUCGUGGAUAUUAGUGAAUCGAAAGCGGAGGGGGCCAACUAUUUAGAGCAUUUCUAAGCACUAAAAGUACCUUGGCCUCCCUCUGCGCUGCUAGCCAUUGUGUUCAUCUUGAGUACUCUUGGUCGAUGAAGACUGCACUGUGAGACAUUAAGAACACAAUGUGAGGCUUGCCUGUCACUUCUGGGAUGCGUGUGAGUGUGUGAGUGUGUAUUUUCACGUGCACAUCUAUCUUCCACAGACAAGAGAUGGCAACACUGACCAAGCGGGACUAUCUCCAUCAAAGCAUUUAUCUUCCAAAUGUUUCAUGAAGACCGUCAG